CCUUCAUGAGAGAGAAGCAAAGAACAGGUUUUGGAGGGGACGAGUAGAAAUAAACGAGAAACAAAGCAAAAUAAACAAGAGAGAUAAAACUCAUAUCUCUCUCUCUCCACAGUUCAACGCCCCCACCCUCAAUCAUUCCAAGAUUCCUCUUCUUCCUCGGUUGUGUGCUCCAAUCUUCGCUCUAGAGAGGAGAGAAAGUUUCAGCUCUUGUUUCACCCACCAUCCAAAUCUCGCAAAGAGAGAGGGAGUAAAGUGAGGAGCUUUGUGCAGCAGCAAUCACCAUUGCCCACCGUAUCCCUCUAAGAUCUCUCUCCCCUGUCGAUAGAAAAGCACUCAGAUUUUUCCUCCCCUUUCUGUGGCAAUUUUGUGUUCUUGGAGCUGUAGGUUGGGGAGAUCGGGUGCGUGUUUCCUUCAAUUUGUGGUUGAAUCAGGCAUUGGGGUCCUUUUCCUCCCCUUAAUUUUAGCACAAUUUGUUCUUGCGUUCUCUCUUGCCAAGAAAGCCCUCCCCUUAAUUUUCAUCGCGUUUUUGGUUUCGUGAUCCAUCUUUGAUGCGCCAAGAGGCAAGAUGAACACGAAUUACUCGGCGCUCCCGUUGACCUCCCACUCCAUCGAGCUCCAAUCCAACGGGGCCAAAUCCAAUGACGUCCUCAACGGCCACGCCAAGAUCUCCAAGCAAGACUCGUUCUUGGGCGAGGUCGAGGACGGGGGCGGCGGCGGGGAGCACGACGAGCUGCCGCUCAUAUGCGACGGCCCCGCCGGGCCGCCCGAGGGGUCCGGCGUGCCCGCCGCCGUGUUCAACCUCGCGACCUCCAUCAUCGGUGCCGGCAUUAUGGCGCUCCCGGCCACCAUGAAGGUCCUCGGCGUCGCCGUCGGGCUCGUCUCGAUCUUGGCCAUGGGGGUCCUCUCCGAGAUCACCAUCGAGCUGCUUGUGAGGUUCUCGGCGUAUUGCCGCGCGCUGUCGUACGGUGAGGUCGUGCACAGGGCGCUCGGUCGGCCGGCGAGCGUGGUGGCGCAGAUGUGUGUCAUCAUCAACAACGCUGGAGUCCUAGUGGUGUACCUGAUCAUCAUCGGAGACGUGAUGUCCGGGUCACUGAAGCACAUCGGCGUCAUGGAUCAGUUGAUUGGCCAUGGCGAGUGGGAUAACCGGAAGCUGCUGAUCUUGGUGGUCCUUGUGAUCUUCCUUGCGCCAUUGUGCGCUCUAGAGAAGAUUGACUCACUGAGCUUGUCCUCCGCGGCAUCGGUUGCCCUUGCUAUCGUGUUCGUGGUGGUCUCCUGCACCAUUGCUUUGGUCAAGAUCGCUGAGGGCAAGAUCAGCAUGCCAAGGAUGGGGCCGGAUUUCAGCUCACGAGCAGCAAUGCUAGAUCUGCUCGUCGUGAUACCGAUCAUGACCAACGCCUACGUCUGCCAUUUCAAUGUCCAGCCGAUCUACAAUGAGCUCAAGGAGAAGACUCCUCAGAACAUGUACAAGGUUGGGAGGAUCAGCACGGUGCUGUGUGUUGUGGUGUAUGCCCUGACUGCCCUCUCAGGGUACCUCUUGUUUGGCGAUGACACGGAGUCCGAUGUGCUCACCAACUUCGACAAGGAUCUUGGGAUCAGAUUCAGCUCGGUCCUCAACUACAUUGUCAGGAUUGGAUAUAUCAUCCACCUGGUCCUCGUGUUCCCAGUCGUCCACUUCUCAUUGAGGCAGACGGUGGACUCACUGAUCUUCGGGGAGCUGGCGACCCGUAGCAGGAAGAAGACUGUCACAUUGACAGUGGUGCUCCUGGCGCUAAUCUACCUUGGCUCGACGAUGAUACCCAACAUCUGGAUGGCCUUCAAGUUCACCGGGGCGACGACUGGGCUGGCACUGGGGUUCAUGUUCCCGGCCCUGGUGGCAUUGAGGCUGGACAAGGAAGGGAGUCGCUUGGGGCACGGAGAGAGGUUCCUGUCACUUGGGUUGCUGGGGCUGUCUAUAAUUGUUAGCGUCAUCGGAGUUGUCGGAAAUGUAUACACCCUGAAGAGUAAGUCUGAGUGAUCUCUCUCAAAGAUGAGCAAGUUAGUAGCUAGGGUUAGAGGAAGCUUACACCAUGACAAAUGGUGGUGUCGCAACGACAGGCAUACAGAUUGUGUUAAGGAUGGUCACUAUACACUAGCCAGCAAUGAUACUAUUUGAGAGAACCACAUGAUCUCAGAUUCAUUUUUGUUUACCUUCAGAGGUGCAAAUGCAACAACACCGAACCAUUCUUGAGGGAAUUCUUUUGUACUUUGGGCUUUGGACCGGAUGUCCCUCGAUGUAUGGAUUUGCGUAUACUCUUACAUGAGGCUCCUGGAGCCAUUUUUUUUUUUGGAAACCGCAUAUCCUUUGAGACGGGAUGUUUCCUAUCCUACCAAAUUCCCGCGAUUCAAAUGGGGCCUUGAUGUUUGCCAUUUUAUGUGUUCACUUGCUAGAGCUUGGUGCUCAAUUACGCACCGUUGAAUUUGGUUACAGCGUUUUUUACUAUCA